UUGUGCAAAGCCUUAUCAAUGAAAAACAUUCAUUCUUUGGUCCCUUGAAUGAGAAAACUCAAAAUAUGGUUUCUCACAUGUAAAGGUUGAACAAAUCCUGAUUCAAGGGAAAGCUUCAGGGGAGAAGGAAAUGGAAGAAUGUAUUGAAGGAGUUAUAUGAUGAACAGAGGAAAUUGGUGUAGAGCAUAGGCAUUAACAUGAACAUUAUUGGGGUUGAAUGCCUGUUGGGUGCUGUAAAUAUGAUGUGGUAUUGUGUAUUAUCUUAGUCUCACCCUAAUUUUAGGUAAUAGUAGUGGAUGAGGCUCUAACAUCCCAUGAUUUAGUGAAACUCAUUGUAAUUUUGAUUAUGUGGACACAUUCUGAUUUUAUUUUCAAUGAUUAUAUUGAUUGUACCUGCCCUGCUUUGAGAGUGUUCUAUUAUCAACCUACAGAACGUGAUGACUAAAAUGGCUCCCACUACAUCAAUGUCCUGCUCACCUGGGACCACUCAAGAUUUUGGAGAUGUGUGACAGAUAUCCCAGGAGCUGCUAUGCUGCAUACAUUUUGGAGAACUCUCAGUUUCCAGCCACCUUCCAAGGUUUCCUUCCACCAGAGAUGGCUGCUGGAAUUCAAGGGCUACCCCCAGUGUGGCUGAUGAUACAUUCAUGAAACCCUCAGCCUGAAUGACGAUAUAAAGCUGCCUGUGCUCCCAGUCAACCGAUAGUGGAACAAAUACACAGGCCUCUUUCAAAUGAAGUUUUGAUAUCGGUUUGAUCUGGCAGGUAUUUUAAACCAGAUACUGUAAGCAAUGGACUGGCCCUUACAAUGUGGUCCUGCACCAUUCGAACUCAAGGCAAGGUGCAGAAAAUGAACCUGGAGUGAAAGGUCUCAGUCUUACUUUGUAACAGAUUAUGACCCAACAAUUGAAGAUUCCUAUACCAAGCAAUGUGUUAUUGAUGACAGAGCAGCAAGAUUGGACAUUUUAGAUACAGCAGGACAAGAGGAGUUUGGAGCCAUGCGUGAGCAAUAUAUGAGAACAGGGGAAGGUUUUCUGCUCGUCUUCUCUGUCACUGAUAGAGGAAGCUUUGAAGAAAUUUACAAGUUCCAAAGACAGAUCCUUCGAGUAAAAGAUCGUGAUGAAUUCCCUAUGAUCCUAGUGGGUAACAAAGCUGACCUGGAACAUCAAAGGCAGGUGACAUCAGAAGAAGGGCAGCAACUUGCAAGGCAGCUCAAAGUAACAUACAUGGAGGCUUCAGCCAAAAUUCGAUUGAAUGUAGACCAAGCUUUUCAUGAACUAGUCCGAGUUAUAAGAAGAUUUCAAGAGCAAGAAUGUCCUCCUUCUCCAGAACCUUCACGGAAUGAGAAAGAUAGUAGUGGCUGUCACUGUGUCCUAUUUUGAGAUGUUGUUCCUGUACUCACCCAGAUUUGCCAAACCACAUGUUCCUAUUUCUGCCUUCAGAAUCCUUUUGUGUGUCUAUCAGUAUUGCCCCUUUACCUGCAUGCUUACUGUUUGGCCGCAGAGAGCCUUAGUCUGAUGAAGAAAUUUGCUGUGUAAUGCUCUUGAGGAGCAGGGAAUUUUGCCACUCUUUCCUCAAGAUUCCAGGUUAAAUUUUAAGGAAACAAACACUAAGGCUGCUACUGAGUAUGUUGCAGUUCUAUUUGUGUCUCAGUUCUAUUUGUUUCAGGAAUGAUAUUUCUACUAAUUAUGAAAGAAAAUUUGGAAUGUAAGUUGAUUUGAGCUAAUUUGCCUUGUGAAGUGUUUUAAAAUCCAUGCUUACAUGUCUUGUCCCAAGUGCCAUUUAACUUCUAGUGCUAUGGUUACAUGCUAAUCAGCUAUUGUACAUAAGGAUCCUUUAUUUCCAAGAAAAAAAGUUGAUAAUGAAGAAAGGGCAGCAAGUAAGAGUGAACUGACUUUUAUUUUGCCCUGGAUAACACACACAGAAAUAAGCCUUAAACAGCACUUCAUUGUUGGUAAGAGUCUGAGUUUCAUGUAAUGCUGCAGUUUGUUCCAGUGGCCAAAUCCAGUCAGUCUACUGUAUUUAUUUUAACAGUCCAGAGAGAUUUUCAAGAAACAAUGUGGCUAAGAAUCUGUGAUCUCACUGGACAUGAACAUUCUAGAUUUUCUUUUUUAUUAUUUUAAAACAAUUUCACAUCAUUGUUGAGGAGUUCCAAGUCUUUCUAUUUGUCUUCCUUUGAUGUGAGUGUAUUUUGGGAUAAGGGAUUCAAAGUGCUAAAUUGUAGUUGAUUUUUUCCUCAUGUAAUAUAAAGAGAUGGAAUUGAUCCUUCCAUUGAAGAUGAUUAAAUGUUUUGCUAUAUACUUUUAUACAUUAUUUUCUUAUCAAACUAGUUAACAAGUAUUUUUAUAUGUUUGUAAACAAAUAUGCUUCCACAGCAUAACGUGUGUAUAUGUAAAGAUGAGUAUUUAAUUCUCACAUUUCACUUUUAACUGACAAUUAUACGUAUAAUUUACAAAACUGUGGUAGUCCUUUCCUGAUGUCCUCAUAGCAGCUGAAUGUGUCCAGCUAUAUGUGGUCAUGUGCCUGCAAAAUGUACCUACAGAGUUUUACAAGAUUUUCCAGAAUACUCUGACCAGGUAUUACAAAGAUGGAUCUACUUCAUAAGUGUGGAAUUUGAGAAACUCCUGCUGAUAUUUUUUAGGUUUGACUGUGAAUGGUCUCUGAGUACAAGUUCAGCAGAUUUGUAACUUGGUUUGAGAUUUGCUCUUUGAGCUGGAUCAUUGAAAGGUUGUACACAACUAUUCUGAUACUGACCAUAAAUCAACUUCUUGAAGUUUGAUCAUACUAUACCCUUGUAUAGCUUCUGGUGCUAGAAUAAAAGAUGAUUAAUUUGAAGAAGACCAAAUAUUUUAUCUCUGUCUCUCGCUUGCUGUGACACUUUCUCCCUUCUGCUUAUGUAUGUAUUAUACUCGAUGUAUUUCUGGUCACUGUCUUGGUCUUUGACCAUCAACCAGAAGGUAGGUUGGUGAUUUUCUUUUUUUUUCCUCUUGAAGUGGUUUAUUCCAGUUACCAUGCAAUUCAUGGUCUAGAAGUCUGUUCUCAGAAGGUUGACUCUGAAAUUUGUAUUGGCUACAUGACAGUUUUUGCAAAAUCUAUGUGCAUUGAGUAUUUAACCGAAAGAGAUGAUGAGGCAGUAUGAGUAUUGCAGGUGUUGCCUUCUUUGCAAAGAACAACUAUGUGAUACUUAAAGUCAGCAUUUUUCAGAAAUAUUACGAAGCUCCACAUUCUGUUGGUAAGGAGGGCAUGUCUGAGAGAACUCCCCAUAGAUACGUGAAUGGAUAAUAUGCUGGUUAUGGGGAAGUUGGUUAACUUAGGUUGAACUGAGCCAUUGCAGGCAUGUUCCAAAAUUUGGCCUAGGGUGAAGUUUAUCAGAAAGUCUUUUGAGUUCUUUUACUGCUCCAACUACAUUUGUAAAAUCUACUAUUAUGACUUAAUCAUAUUCAAACCAAGGAUAUUAUGAAUUUAAUGAUUUCAGAGAUGGGAAACAUUUCGCCUUUCAUUAUUUGGAGUGUAGAUGCAAUUUGGAUUCAGAAUCGCCAUCUAAUAAUACAAAAAAUACCUUUCAGCAUAUCACGCAUUUGCUGGCUGUUUAUUGCAACAGUCCAAUUAGUCUCACUUCCUCACUCUUUACGCAUUAUCCUACUUUUUUUUAACUUUGAUCUUCCCUCUAAUAUUGUUUGAAAGUUAAAUGUAUACGAUAUGUAUGAACAUAGUAAAAUGGUGGGCAAACUACAUUUACUGCUUCCAUCAGCCUUUCAUGCAGUGCAGUCUUGAUCAGUGAUUAUCAUGCAAAAACAAUUCACAUCUGCUGUCUGCUUUUGCCAGUUGUCAUUUCUGAAACUGAAACAGUUUCUCUUAAUUUGUUUUAAUUUUAUAUUUGUUUCUGCAGAAAUAUACAAUCAGGACUUGACAUUAAUUUUCAUAGCUUCAUUAAUUUUCUGAACAAAACGGUCAUAAAUGCUAAUGUUAUGCUAGUGUGGUUGGAGAAAGAAGAAAAUGUUUUUCUUUCUAAAUAAAGAAACCACUUGCAUUCA